CCAACUUUCCAAUAUACAGUAGUCUCUUCGCACUUUUCUUCUAUACCACAUUUGUUAAUCCAAACUCAGUCAAAGUCUCAAGUCCUCCAUUUUGUUAUAUGAUUAUAUCCCAUCCCAUCCCAUUGAAGAUUUGAACGUCAAGCCUAUAUAUACAUUUACGUUAAUCUACAUGCUUAUUCAUUUAUACCAAUUUAAUUAGAAUGGCAGGGGGAAAAGAAGGACGAUCUUUGGAGGAAACACCAACUUGGGCAGUUGCUCUUGUUUGCUUUGUUUUGGUUUUGAUUUCAAUCCUCAUCGAAUAUGUCAUUCAUUUGAUUGGAAAGUGGUUGACAAGGAAACACAAGCGAGCUCUCUAUGAAGCACUUGAGAAGAUCAAGUCAGAGCUCAUGCUGUUGGGGUUCCUGUCGUUGCUCCUAACAGUAGGGCAAGGACCUAUUUCGGAUAUUUGUAUAUCAAAGGCUGUUGGUGCCACUUGGCACCCAUGUAGUAAGAAGGAAGAGAUAGACGAUGAUAAAGACAAAAGUUCUUCUUCAGAUGGAGGCGACCGUAGACGGCUUCUCUCAGUCGCCGGUGCGGGAGCCCGGCGGGUUUUAGCCGCUGCUGGAAAGGACAAAUGUGCGGCCAAGAACAAAGUUCCGUUUGUGUCAUUUUACGGGAUCCACCAACUUCACAUACUCAUUUUCGUGCUAGCCGUCUUCCACGUGCUAUACUGCAUAAUCACUCUGGUUUUGGGCAGAGCAAAGAUGAGGAGGUGGAAAAUAUGGGAGUCUGAAACAAGGACAGCUGAUUACCAGUUCUCACAUGACCCAGAAAGAUUCAGAUUUGCUAGAGACACAUCAUUUGGAAGAAGACACUUGAGCUUUUGGAGCCGGUCUCCCAUCAGCUUAUGGGUUGUUUGCUUCUUCAGACAGUUUGUGAGAUCUGUGCCCAAGGUUGAUUACCUGACUCUGCGCCAUGGAUUUAUCAUUGCACAUUUGGCACCUCAGAGCCAAGCCAAGUUUGAUUUCCAAAAGUACAUUAACAGGUCACUUGAAGAAGAUUUCAAGGUUGUGGUGGGGAUCAGCCCAACUAUCUGGUUCUUUGCUGUAGUGUUCCUGAUGUCUAAUACCCAUGGCUCCCGUUCUUAUCUGUGGCUGCCCUUUCUUCCAUUGAUUAUGAUCUUAUUAGUAGGGACAAAGCUUCAAGUUAUCAUAACCAAGAUGGGCCUCAAGUUGAAAGAAAGGGGAGAAGUUGUUAAGGGCACCCCAUUGGUUGAGCCUGGUGACCAUCUCUUCUGGUUCAACAACCCACGCCUCAUUCUCUAUCUCAUCCACUUUGUUCUCUUUCAGAAUGCAUUUCAACUUGCUUUCUUUGCAUGGACUUGGUAUGAAUUUGGCUUGAAGUCUUGCUUCCAUGAGAAGUUGGAAGACGUCAUUUUGAGAGUAUCAAUGGGGGUCAUCAUACAAAUACUAUGCAGCUAUGUAACUCUUCCUCUUUAUGCCUUGGUAACACAGAUGGGUUCAACUAUGAAGCCUACCAUCUUUAACGACAGAGUGGCAAAUGCUAUCAAAAAAUGGCACCUCUCGGCGAAGAAGCACUUAAAACACAACAAGAAUAGUCCAACCAGUGUACCAGGCACUCCCUUGCAUUCCAUGUCCCCUGUCCAUCUGCUGCGACACUAUCAAUCCGAACACGACGUUGACAGUGCGCACACAUUGCCGAGAAUGUCUUAUUUUGAUGCCGACGGUCCAAACUCCUCACCAUCUCCUCACCAAGAUGAUCUAUCUUGGUCUAACCAAGGUAGAAGCCAUGGCCAGGAAGAAGAGAUUAGUGCACAUGAAUCUAACGCAGUGAACAAUCUGAAAGCUAGUUAUGGUUCUCGGAGUCAACAUGAAAUUCAAAUUCAUUCAGCAGAAUUCACAUUUGAGAAAUCAGAAAGGAGUUGAGAGAUCAAAAGUAAAUGAUAGGCACAUGCAACACUGCAAUGAACACUAAAGCUCGAUGAGCUUUCCAAUGAGGUCACUGUAAAUGAAGACACUCUGCUAGAUAAGCAUUAGUUGUACAAUUGUAACUCGAAGUUGAUAUUUUUGAAAAUAAACCAUCUGUAUAAUCAAUUUCCCAA